AUGUCCCGGCGAUGCCGGGUGGGCUCCAUCGUUGCUGUGGCGGCUGGCAGAUGCUUGCUGGUGCCUUUGCUUGGUGAGCCUGCACAGCCGCCACGACAGUGGACUCGUCUUGAAGGGCCCAGUGAAGAGGAGGACCUGGUGACGGUGCGGAACUUUCUCUCCGCCAGCGAGAGGGCUGCAGCCAUCGAGGCGGCGCAGGAUCCAGAGGCGUGGGCGAUUGAUGAUCGAGAUGACGACUUGGGCUAUGCCCACGAAGUCUGGCGAAUGGAGGAAGUCAUGCAGAGGGAUUAUGGAGCUCUUUUUCAAAAGCUCAUCGACUCUGCUUGGUCCAUCGAAAGAAGGACCUGGGGCAACAUUUUGGACUUCGUUUUUCCCGAGAUUGAGUACAUCGAUUACAACGUGAAGAAGCUGGCAAAGCCCGGCGCCAUCUCACGACACACGGACAACGACAGUAUGGUCACCAUGGUGGUACUCCUCUCUGAUCCCUCGGACUUUGAUGGCGGCAUCAACUGCUUUGAUGGUCAGGGUGGAGAACGUCAAGUACCUCUGCAGCAGGGAGACGCAGUCUUCUUUUUAGGUGACCGGUGUCAUCAUUGGAUCACGCCUGUGACCAAAGGCAGGAGGCAGAUCCUGCAGAUGGAGCUCCGCAAUCGCUUUGAGGCGGUCUUGCAGGGCGCGCCCGAGAACCUGGGAAUAUCCGAUUCGAAAUGGGGGGAUUUUUCAGCGGAGCUGAUGGCACCGGUUGCAGCAUCGCUCCGCUCCGGUGCAGCCCGCCAGGAGAACUUGGCCAAGAAAGCUGCCAGUCCUCCGACGCACGGAACCUCUGAAGUGCCAGCCCAGCUGCUGCACAGGGCCUUGAUCGCCAAGGACAAUUCCUCGGAGGACGUGCUGCGCAUUGCAGAGGAGAAACUUCAGGUGGCGCAACUGUGCAAGAGGAGGAGCGCUGCCACCGUAGGUCGCGACCCUCGUCUUUCGGAGCUCUUGCGUUUGGCGCUGCCUCUGAGCAGCGCUUGGAGCUCACGCCAGUUGUGUCACGUGGUAUGGUCGAUGGCCACAUUAUCCAUCGGAGGUCGCAGUCAGCAACUGCUUGAUCAGGUUUGCCUGGUCUUUGGUGAAAAGCUGUGGGAAGGAGUUCCGCAGGACUUAUCCACCUUUGCUUGGGCUUUGGCUGCCAGAGCGCCCAGGGAAGCGCGUGCCAUCGAGGCCCUCCUGGUGGACAAUCCGACUUUCGAUGUCACCAUGAGGAGCACAUGCGGGGUUGGCGAUCGCGAAGGAAAGCACUUUGAAACUCAAGGCCGGGCCUGGCAGGGCCUGGCGGACAAAGAUUUGUUGCUGAUUCUUUGGCUUUGCUUCGGAGAUUUGGCAAAAGUGUGGGCGCACUGGCGCGCGCGACAUGCCCCCAGACGGUUGCGGGUCUUCCUGAACAGCACAUUUGGUUUCGAUGGAUUGCUGAAGACUUUUCACUGUCACAGCGUUUCGCCAGAGGGAGAAGUGCGAGGCUCAAUCAAGGCCUUUGCGCCACUACUGGACGAUCAGGGGGCGUUGGAUGUAGGAGCUGUCGCCCUGCUUCUGGAUGGUUUAACGGGUUUCGCCUUGUGGAGCUCCGGCACCAUUGGCUUCGUCACUGCGGAGCUGAGUUUUCAGCUUCGAGGCACUGCCAAGCGAGGAGACGAGCUUUUUAUCAAGGCUUGGGUGAAGCAAGCUCCCAGAAUGCCUGAAGACAAACGCUUGCGCGAGUUUGCCAUGUUGGCCUUUGAGUUGUUUCGAGCGCCACGAAACGAGGGCGACGAUCCAUACGUCUCGGAGAACUUGAUUGCGGAAGGAGAGCAAUUGAUGGUUACCAUAGCCACGCCUCUGCAGCGUCUCCAUUGGAAGUUGCAGUUGCUAUGUCCGCCUUUCUUCGAGCGUACCUGGCAGGGCGGCAUGAAGACUUUGUCCCAACAUGCGCAGCAUGCCCUGCCGGUGGAAGAGAUCAGGACUUUGAAGGAGCUUGCAGCACUGAAAUCCCAGGGCGAUGGUACUUACGAAGCACAGUUGCAGCUGCGACAACUCAAUGUGAAUGGCGUUGGACACGGUGCGGCCACCGCGUCACUGCUGUGCUUGGCUGCUGCUGAUUUCCUCUCGCAGCCUGUGUUGGAAGCAAAGUUCUUCUAUUUGAGUCCCACACCGGGCAUGACUCCUGUGUUGCUGGAGAUCAAACCAUCCAGCAAGACACCAGGACAAAUCCAGGUCUUUCUCCGCAAGGAGAAAGGAUCUCCGCCAAUCAUGCGAGGGACGAUCAAAGUGGCUACUCCACCCCCAGCGAUUCCUGCGGUGCGACAUGUUCUUCCAGGCCUGCGCAAUGUGAUACCGCAGAUUUCGAAGCUGCACAAAAGAUCGGACUCUGAGAAGAAUGAGUCACCCAAAUUAUCCGACUCCGACGUAACUUCUGAGUCGUUGGAAGCCUCCGACUCGGCGUCCGCAGGGAGGAUUUCUACGGCCAAUGGCACCAAAGAAAUGAGUGAUUACCAUGAUGAUGACUUCGAUGAUGGUGAUGAUGAUGACCAUGAUGUUGCCAAUGAUGGUGAUGAUGGUGAUAUCCAUGAGGAUGCUGAUGCUGGUCACAACCAUUGCGAGACAAGUGCUGAUGGUGUCACAGACACCCGGGGAGAUUGA